AUCAGUGACUAUGAAUCCCGUGAUGAAGAAUGAGGAAGUAGAGAAGGGGGCUGAGCGGAAAGCGGCUGCAUGUGACUUUAUUACGUAAGAUGUUAUGUAACGACGCGACGCGUGAGCGGUGUCGUUGGAUCCGGUUUCGAGCGGACGGUUCCUCUUCUACAAGUAAUCCAGAUGCAAUUGACGCGUUCUUGAUCAAUAACAAGAACAAACAGCCAAUACAGACGUCUGCAGGCGGGUUUUAUGUGAGGAAUUCGGGCACCGCGAUAAAUCGAUCUUGAAACAGACUUUUGCUGCUCGGCAAACCUUAAAACUCUUCCUCCUUCGCUCCAACUUCCAACUUGCUCUUCUUCUCCUCUUCUCCUGUCCUGCCUGCCUCGUCACCUUUCUACUCACCCAACUGCCUAUUCCCUUCCUGUUCACAUAUCCCGCCGCUAUGCAGCUUCCUCGGCCAUCAUGGAAGCUGGCCUUCUUCGGUCUUGUAUUCGCUGAGGCUGCCGUGGUUCUCGCGCUCGAGGGCUACGUCUUUGGCAAGUUCCAGUAUAAUAUCAACUCCAAAAUCAGCAGCGAGCAGCGCAAGAGUUCAAACACUGUCGCAAUCCCAACUUAUCUUGCCUUGUUUAUUUUUGCAGAGGUUUUCCAUCUCGGAAUGACUUUCGACGCUCUCCGAAUGAAAAAUACUAUCCAGGUCAUCGGUCUCUGCAUCUUCAACACCGCGCUCUUGGUCUACGCCGGCAUUCAGUACGAACAAAUUAAGACCGCGGUCGAUUACCUCUCCUCGUGGCAUUUGGACGGCGACAUGGAGAACUAUGUUCUCUCGGGCUCGGCCUGGGGUGAAAUGAGAGCAACUCUUAUUGCAAUCAUUUGCGUUAUCGGAGUGAUUGGAUUCGCAAUGUUCUACGUCUGCUACAAGCUGUACAUCGACUUUGGAUGGUCAAUCUACAAGCAGAUCGGCGCCGACAUCGAAAUGAAGCACCGCUACCUUGCCUACCAAAUCUUCAUGACCCUCCUCAAGUUUGAUGCCUUUUUCUUCCUUGGCUUCACGGUCCAGUUCUGCGUCAUCAUUCUCAACCGCAAGGACGUCGAGUUCGGGCUCACCAUCGCCGUCAUCCCUUGCACCGUCGUCGCGCUCUUUCUCACCAUGAUUGCCAUCCGGAACGAAAUCAAGUCGGCGACCGCGCUCGUGUUUGUCGUUUUCUUGGCCGGAAUGGCGUACUUCAUGUUCAAGCUCAUUCGCAUGUACCAGCCUUCGCAGGUGUCAAAGUACGUCGCGGCCCGCAAGAGUUUGACCACUUUUGCUGUCAUCACUUUAUUCCUCCUCCUGGUCUCAGAAAUAAAUAUGGUUUUCUGCGCCCGGAAUUUCAACAAGGGCCUCAAGCCCUAUAUCGCUUCGCAGUCCUCAAUAAGGAGGCUCUGGACCCGCUCGUCUUCAGACAGCGGCGAGGCCGAGAAGCUCGAGGGCGAGGACAGUAUGGGUGGAAACUCGCCAUCAUCACCGGGCUACCGGAGGCGGUUCUCGCUCGACUAAGUGUAACAACAAAGUAUCAUAUUUUUUUUUGCGUUAUCUGUAUCUGCUUUCUUGGGAUGUUUGUUUUAUAUUUGGUAUUUAUAUACUACAUAGUUUCUGGUACAUGGGCUUUUGUUUUAUGUUGAUG